AUGUUAUUUAUAAAAAUAGUAUAUUUGAACUGUCAGUCACUAUUAAUGGGCAGCUCUUUAGAUAACGCUGUUGAAAAUGAGUUAAGAGAUAGCAAAUUAAAAAAUGCUAAUCCUCCAAAUAAAAUUGUAGCAGGGAGUCUUAAAACAACUAAAUCAAAUGUCGGGUCUUUAAUUAAAUCAGAAUUAACAGGUGUGAGUUCUGAUAUUCAAGAUAACAUUAACAACAUGAUUCAAAACUCAAAAGUUGAUAGAAGUAAAUUUCGAGAUUUAUUCCUAAUUAAGAAACAUGUUGUAAAUAAUGGAGAAAAAACUAUUGUUUCAUUUGAUGUACAAGAAAGAAUUAUUCCUAAAGAGACUGGUAUGCUUUCAAUAAUUAAUGAUGAUAGUUUUAUCAAAAUAUUUUUAAUUUGUGUGAUGUUGCUCUUAUUAGCUUUAGUAUUUGCUACUUCAUUAAAAGUUUAUCAAUCAAUUAUCAAAAUCAAUAAAGAUAAAAAAUUACUAGAAGAAGAAAUUUAA